AUGGAAGCCGAAAGAGACUUACCUGUUCGUCAGGAUACUCAGCCGCAAUCCCAGCGUGGUCAAGACCAAAGAAAGCAAGCAGAGAAACCAGGGAAGGAAAGUGGGAGGAAAAAGAAAAUGAAGGAAAACGGCGACCAAAAUAAAGGGAAAGAGAAGCUAAUCACAAGUGGGCCUACUAAAGACAAGGGGCUUUUGGGCCCGAGACCAGGCUUGCCGGACGCGCAUGGUGGCAGGUCCAAGUCCACAGCCAAGGACUCUGUCUCCUCGGCCUCUACCUCUUCCAUGGGUCGGUCUUUAACCAAAGAAGACGUUGCAGCCCAAAAAAACCCACCGAGCGAGAGCUCUUCGGACUUUUCAACCCAAGUCGUCAAAGGGGCCCAUGGGACUACGAUGCGGAUCAUUCAAGUCUCUGAAUACCCAUCUACCGUCCGGCCAGUCGAUCCUUCGGCACCCUCGACGGUGACGCGCACCAGGCACAUGGGGAACAAGGAUUUGGAGAAGCAAGAGGGAAAGCAGGCGAAAUCCAAGAAAGGCACUCCGAUGCGGAACAGCCCCUCCAAAGCUCUACAAAUUUGGACCCCAAAGAAGGAUAAGAAGACCAAAGCUAGGGAAAGAAGAGUCUCCGUUACUCUGCAGCAAAUUGAAGCAUGGACAGCCUCAAAAGAUAAUGAGAAGGAGGCGGAAUCACUAAGGGGGAAGGAGGGGGCCAGUCGAUCAGAGGAAGGCGCUACUAGCCCGCCGGGCGAUUUUGUCGCCAGUUCUUAA